AUGGCAAUGCACUUUUCAAAGCAAAUGGCGGUCCUAACUAAUAAACGUCUGCUAGUUAUUUUUGGCCUCCUGGUUGUUUACCUGGCAUAUUGGUGGAAUGCAAAUUUUCACGUACCCAAAAACUUAGAACAGCGAGAGGAAGUUAUCAUGAUCUAUGCUGUUUCAAAGCUUAGCAGAAUGAUAACUCAUACAGAAAAUUUUAAUGGAGUGGAGGUCAUUAUUAUAGAGCCCUUUCAGAAAGAUGAUUAUGGACCUGGAAUGGUUUUUUAUCACGGUGGGGGCUGGGUCCUUGGAACAGCAAGUGAUAAUUUGGAAUUCUUGGCAGUGCUAUCCGAAGCUCUGAACAUGACUAUUAUUUCAGUUGAGUACAGAAUGGCCCCAGAACACCCCUUCCCCACCCCACUGGAUGACUGCUUCGAGGCCACCAAAUACUUUUUUGAAAAUUCCGCCAAAUAUAACGUCGAUCCAUUCAGGAUUGCAUUAGCUGGAUUCAGCGCUGGAGGCAACUUGGCGGCGGCAAUGUCAAUCAGAAUGCGUGACUCCGCUCUUCCCUGGAAGAAUAAGGUCCAAGUGUUGUUAUCCCCAUGUUUGCAAGCCUACAACUUUGACUUUCCAUCUUAUUAUUAUAAUGAGCUGGAUGAGAUCUUGCCCAAAUUCAGCAUGAUCGAGUUUUGGCUGUGGUAUGCCCUAGGUCAUGAUGGUCAUCAUUAUGUUGACCAGUUCAUGCACUCCAGUCAUUACCAUGUCAUUGAUGAGAAGAAGAUGCAUGGAAAACUGUUGGACUGGAAGUCGCUGGGCCUGCCACUGAACAAAUCGGAUGUCGAGGACUUCCAGUCAAAAAUAAAACAACCGAACAUCCAACUCCCAGUAGACGUCGUUUCGAAACUGAAAGCCACAUUCAUGAAUCCACAUUUUGCGCCACUCAUGCUGAAAGAUUUUUCAGGACUGGCCAAAGCCUUCGUCGGCACAGCCGAACACGACAUCCUUAGAGACGAGGCCCUCUUAUAUGCCAAGUACUUGAAAAUGAACGGAAAUGCCGUGAAAGCAGUCAAUUACAAUGGAGCCUUCCAUGGCCUAGUUUUCUGGAAUGAGCAUUACAACUUACCUAAGAGAGUGGCUAUUGAUGUUAUUGAGUUUUUGAAAGUUAACUUAUAA